UCCCACAAAACGAUGAUCUCUUAGAAAGGAAAAGGAAAAAACACCCGGAGCAGCUGACACUACUGAAUUCGAGGAUUGAUGCACAAGCUAAUCUCAGAAAGAGCAUGGAGAUGGAUGACCUCGUUUUUAACUCUUUGGAUCCUGGGAUACCUGAACUCCGUCAAAAUGUGAAACCAUAUAGUAAUAAACAGCCUGGUUCCUAUACAAAAUGUAGGUGAGCAUUUUCUCCAAGAUCAAACAACAGGAUGUGUUUUCUGCCUCAUGUAAUGUUCACUGUUAAAAAUUCUUCCUUUUCGUUUCUCAUCUUUUUUGGGGUGGUUUUCUAUUGUUGUUGUUGAUGAGCUUGUGAUACAGGAAGAGAUAAAACCAUACAAGAAACUUUUUGCCACUCCGAAAAGUUGUUUGGUGUGUUAAACUCAAAUGACCAAAAACAGGGAAGGGUUCUAGUUGCAAAGCUGUAUCAGACUUGUGAAAUGGAUUUUCAUUCGCUGUUUGGUUACCUGAACUCCCCUAUAAAUGGCUCAAACAUGGCCGCAUCCGAUCUUUGCUGUAUAGUUUCUCUUUCUACUGCGUCCCAGAAAAGUAAAGUAAUAAAUAAAAAAUUGAUAUGUCUCAGGUGUUAAUGCUCUUUUUUACUUUCUUUGAUUUCUUUAGUGUAUGUCCCAGGGUAAAUGUCACGGUGGAGGAAUCCAUCUCUAGAAAUGCUGAAUCUGGUACAAAUAGAUGUGGUGCGGAGGAAGAAGGUUUAAGCUUUGCAAAUAUAGCAGAGAUGUUGAAGCAGGGCCCAAUUCCAUCUGCACUCAAAUCGUAGAAUGAUAAAACCUCUGGUUUUAGUGGGUCUGCUAAUCAUAGUUGUGUAGCAUUUGUGUCUGCAGUCUGUCAAAUGUCCUUACUUGAACAUUUGUGCGCAAUUGCUACUAAAAGCAAUGAUGAACUAGUUUACUGGGGAAUUAGUGGUUCAUACUUUAUCUCAAUCAUUGAGGAAGGAAGCUGGAUUCUCUGUACAAGACCAAGCAGUUCAUGCUCUUUAUUUGCUAUGUAAUUGUGAGUUUCUAUAUACUGUUUUGGCUGAAUAGAAAAUUGUGACCGGGUAAAUAAAUUUGAUUUUCUAAACAGAGAAUUUCUUUGUAGUUUCUUUGAGCAUUCUGUGUUUAUUUUAUGUAUUGCAAAGGAUUUUCUGGACUUAAUAGUUAAUACUACUCUUCACAUAAUUAUGACUCAAGAUAUCGCCAAACCUAUAUACUUAUUCACACAUGUAGUACUUUAUAUAGGAGAUAUUUAUGAAUCCUACUCAUCUCUGAAGCACUAUAUUCAUUUGGUUUAUUUGUCUCAAUGUACAACUCCUGGAAUCAGAGCUUGUAUUGGUAAAUUGUUUCUCUUGCGGUGUUUUUAUAGGCCCAAAAGUUGUAGCUAUGAUCUCUUCUUGCUUAAAAGAGGAUGGAGACCUGACAUACACUAAUAAUAUUAAGGGGCAAGUAUUAAGUGUGGAAUGAGAUCUUAAUUGGCUUGGCACAUUGUGUAGCUUGCUGUGGGAGUGCUACUGCUGAAGUAAGCCUGAUUUUUGAGAAAUAUACAAUUCUAAAGCUGCACGAUAAGAAACUAAAUUAUUGGAUAUGCCGCUGCUCACCUGUUAUCGUCUGACCAGUCAUUUGACUCCACUUGGUUUGUGCUUUUGCUCUCCUUGCUGCAUGUGGUUUGGAUUUAUCAGAGUAAUACAGUUUGGUCUCCUGGCCUGUACUUUUAAUGGAUCUUAAAUUCUGAUUAACUUUCAGGAACUGAAGCUUUGAAGAAAUGCUAUAUCUUGUCUAGCUUUCCUAGGCUCGUCUGGAUUUGAAAUUUUGCUAAAUCAUAGACUCCCAAAGGGCUCCAAUUGUUUUAGUUGUUAAUUCCUUUUGUCAGGUCUCAGUUGUUGCAUAUUAAUCCUAGUAUUGACCUGCACAUGUUGUUACUGAAGUAACCAUUGUUGCGCUUGAAAUCCAAUUAUACUUGGUUUACUUACAGGAACAGUGCCGGUUAUGUUUAUUUGAGGUUUGAAAGUGUGGAAGCUGCAUCACAGGCUCAACAGGCAAUGCACAAGAGAUGGUUUGCUUGCAGAUUGAUUUCGGCCAUAUUCUUGGUAGUUUUCUGCAACGAAUUACCGUCUUUCUCCUUGAAUGUGUGAUUAUAUAUGCUGCUCCACUACUGUGAUCUUAGUGACAGUAGUUUUCUGGGGUUUAUUUUUGGAAUAUGAUUCUUAAUGUGCACUCUGAUAUUAUAAUGUUGUUAUUGGCCUAAUUGUUAAGGUUCUUGUAAUUUUUGAUGCAGCAACCUUAUGAAUACGAUGCCAAAUUCAAAGGUGCUCCCUGAUCAAGUAUACUGGUGAAAUUGCGACUUGUGUUUAACUUACCAAAACAUGCAUUUAGCUUAGCUGAAGUUCUUAACAUGUUUUUUCUGCCUUGGAGAUUGAUGAGUUGUAAGACAAACAAUUCUCUGUCGUGGCAGGAAGUUAGUAGUUCAUCAGAAUGACUGUCUGUUGUUGCUAUGCUGCUUCACUAAUGUGAUCUUAGUGACAGUAAUUUUCUGGGGUGUAUUUUUCGAAUAUGGUUCUUAAUGAUAUUACAAUGUUGUUAUUGGUCUAAUUGUUAUGGUUGUUGUAAUUUUUUGAUGCAGCACAGCAACCUGAUCAAGUCUACUGGUGAAAUUGCGACUUGUGUUUCACGUCCGGGUCCCCAUCCUCGAACAACACCAUGUUGAAUUUGAUUAUGCUAGGCUUAGUUCUAAGCGUUCCAGAUGAUGAUUGCCGUUACAGUUGUAAUGUGUAUUAUGAAUUGAGUCACCAUUGUUUGUUUUGUGAAGGCAGCAGCUUCUACUACUAAUUCCGUUGUUCAGCUGGAUUUUGCUACAAAUUUUGUUUCAUUAGAUUAAGAAAUUAUUGAGGAUCUGUUUAUAUGAAAGUUUAUUUUAUACUGGGUACUAAAUAAAGUACUAGUAAUGUUGAAUUAAUAUUAAGUACUACUCAAAUGUGUUUGAACACUAUUUAGAGCAUGGAAUAAAGUGGGGGCCCACUAACUCAUGCAGGAGUCUCAUGUUCGAUUUCCUAAAAUACUAAGCUACUAAAAUUGGUAGUCUACACUGCAAGAAUAUAUCUCAUGUUCAGAGAUUGGAGAGAGAGAGAGAUUUCAGAAGUCAAAUGCUUUCAUCUUCCUCUAUGCAUCCGAGUUCUUCAUCAGCCGAAACCGACUUCAUGGCAAGCUCGGAGGAGACAAGGUUGAACAUACCUGAGAUCACGGAGGAGCAGGAAGAAAAGGAGGAGGGGCUGGAAAAUCUGAUAGACGAGGCUGACACUGAGGUCAGCAAGAGAUUGGUCGAUAUUUUUCUUCUCAUGUCCACCAUCGUUGCAGGUUCUUGCUAUGCUGCCAUGCUCACCCUCAGCAGCGACAACUUUGGCAGCCUAAGUGAUCUUACUACAUUGGCGUACCUUUUCUUUGUCUUCUGGAACCUCGUGGGCGUGUUUUGUGCGAUCCUGACUGUAGUUAGCAUCAUAUGGUCGUAUUUUUUUGAGAAGAGGUCAGCCAAACGUGCCUUGGAGACUUGGGCAAAAUUUUUCACGGGUGCCAUGAUGUCUAUGACUGCCGCUCUCACCAGUGGAGCUGUGGUAGUGGUUAAGAAAUCCGAGACGAUCCGAGCAGGUGUGCUUAUUCUUGGAUUGUUUUUCACCGUCAUGGUGUAUCGUUUGGGGAUUCCUCUGGUGGUGAACGCUAGAUGGCGUCAGAUAAUGGGUGGUCGUGCCCGCGAUCGUUGAUAACGGCUGCCUUGGUGAUCGAGGGGAUGAUUGUAUUUCUUCACUUCGAAUAUGAAAAUGCUUCAUCUCCAUAACUGUUGCAUUCCUUUUGCUCUGAAACAGGGAUUUUAGUGAAUGUGUGUAUAAGAUAUUGCGAUUUAGGUUUAAUCUAUGACCUUUCUGGAAUUUGCAGUCAUUUGACAUAAUCCCAAAUUUA